UCCCGUGUCCCCUGGAGCCGCGGGACGUGGGGGCGCCGGGCAGCGCGGCGGGGUCACCUUGGGAGGCCGCGGGUGGGGACGGGCCGAGCGGCUGGUGAACAUUAACCAGCGAGGCCGCGGGGUCGCGGCGCAGGGGCCACCAUGGCCACGGCGAACGACAGGGCCGUGCUGCGCGCCAUCCUCAACCCCGACAGCCCGCUCGGGGACGUCCCCGCGCCGGACCAGGACCAGGACACCCAGGAGGACGAAGAGGAGCCGUUCGCGCCGGCGCUGCUGGAGCAGGUCCGGGACCUGGAGUUGCAGGGGGUUUCUGCCGCCGAGUCGGGGGACGUGAGCGUGGCGCUGGAGCGGUUUGGUGAGGCCAUCCGGCUGCUGCCCGAGCGCGCCUCGGGCUACAACAACCGCGCACAGGCCCUGCGGCUCUGCGGGGACGUGACAGGAGCCCUGCGGGACCUGGACACGGCCAUUCGCCUGAGCCGGGGCCGCGGCCGCGCCGCCUGCCAGAGCUUCGUGCAGCGCGGGCUGAUCCACCGGCUGCAGGGGCGCCAGGAGGACGCCCGGCGCGACUGGGAGCAGGCGGCGCGGCUGGGCAGCCCCUUCGCCCGGCGGCAGCUGGUGCUGCUCAACCCCUACUCCGCGCUCUGCAACCAGAUGCUCGGCCAGAUGCUGGGGCGGCUGCGCAACCCCAGCGGCACCGGCAGCGAGUGAGGCGCGCAGGGGCCGGGCAGCCGCCGGCUGGCGCGCGGGGGACGGGGAGCACGGAAGCGCUUUGGCUUUGUCUGGGCUCUGCUCCACCCCCAAUAAACCUCCCUGUGUCCCUGG